CCCUACGACCUACAUGCCAUCAGUCAACAUGGCAAGACAAAAAUGCUUAACAACAGAUCACUAGGCUACAAUUCAUUCUGUGCACGCCUCGAAGACAUAAAAUUAUCGUUAGGUCGUUCUGGAGAUGCCCGCAAAUCGCCCCCGUCGACUGCUGCGGUCCUCAAGAGCAUGUGAUUUCUGCCAUAAACGGCGCAUCAAAUGCGAGGGAAAUUUCGGCGUGGCCAGCCGCUGUCAGAACUGUACAGAUUUCGAUGUUCAAUGCACUUUUGAUCGGCCGCUCAGGAGAGGCCGAAACACACCACAGUCGACACGGGCAGUUGGGCAGCUUGGCCUCCCUGUUCCACCAGAAUCUCCACGUCAUGUCGGCAAAGACAAAGGCCAAGGCACCAACGGAGGGGUUAGAGCAAGCACUAGCCUCCAUGACGAUGAGAGCACGACGGAGCCAUUGAGCCCGGCAUGGGAAGCCUUUGCAAGUGCUUCCAGCUCGGUUCUGAAGCGCUUGUUUUCGGUGUACUGCGAGACUGUUUACCCGAUCUUUCCGUUCUUUGAUCCGGUCAGCUUCCAGCAACGACUGGACGCGCUCGAACACACUCGCAACCGCGCAUUCUUCUGUUCUGCCAUGGCGGCUUGCGCGCUUGCCUCGGCCAGAAUAAGGGACGGUGCACCUGCUUCUGCCAGGGCUGGAGCAGGCGCUGGCAGAGAACCGGCCGAAAUGCCACCAGAGAUAUUCUUUGCCGCUGCAGAAGAAGCCCUCCCAAAGGACAUCCUUCAAUGCCACGACUUCGACUACCUCAGGGGCUAUGCGCUGCUGGCGCUCACGAGCAUACAGGAUGCAAAGAUAGCGGCGAUGCACAAGUACAUCGGCUAUUACUUCACCAUGCUUGCCAUCAAUCAGUGGCACGACGAGUCCAAUUGGCCCACCGGUCUGCAUGCUUCUGAGAGAGAGGAGCGUCGGAGACUAUAUUGGUCCAUCUAUACACUAGACGUCUAUUCCUCCAUCAUAUGGGAUGGUUGCAUCCACUUCCAAGAAAGCCAUGCCAGAGUCGAAUACCCCACUGGGCAAACCGACCUCGAAGACAGCUCCAGCUCAACCGAACCUGCCCACUGGAUCGUGGGAUGGAAUUUCACGACCGAUCUUUAUCGUAUUUUGGAGCAUACGGUGAGCCGGCUGAGGUGUCGGUCAUCCAGGUUCAACUGGCUGGGCGACUCCGCCACCACCGGGUCAUUCAGCGUUUCGAGCCAGGUUCGAGUCGCGGAACUGUACGCCGUGUUGCCCGAUGUCUUCAAGCAUCUGCAACCGGCGACCGGCGACCCCGAGAGGGACAUCUACGGAUUCCAGGCGGCCAACAUCCAGGCAACCAUGGCUCUCCUCCGAAUGGCCUACCUUUCUUUGGAUGUGGAUAUCGACCUGGAAAAGAAAUGCUCCGUCGUCAGCGACGUGCUGUCCACCUUCCAUCAGGUCCCUAAGCCCUAUUUGAGAGCCAUCAGUACGCCUCUGAUCUAUCACAUCGGCGGGAUUGGCAUCAUCCUGGGCUCGGUCAUGGAAGGGCCGCUGUCAGAAAGCUCCUGUCGGCGCGUCCGGGACCUCCUGCUUUCGAUGGCCGUGCUGCUCGAGAGUCUCGAAGCCUUCCUCCAUCGGAGUGCCGGCGCCGGCCAAAGACUCCGCAACCUCGCGUCGCGGCUGGAGGAGUACAUCAACCUUCGGUCAACCACUCAUCCCGGCCAGACGGCGGCCGUGGCGGGGCCGUCAGAAUUACAGGAUGCGUUACCAUCCAGCGGGUGGGAAGGCUCUGCAGGUGUGGCGGACCUGUCGCCACAGUUCCAACUUCCGGACGAUCUCUUUGAGGACUGGACAUGGCCUUUUGUUACCACCAACGGCUACUUAUCCUUCUGAGGGAUCAUGCAGGAUGGUGGGAAUAUCUAUCGUGGUACUCUCAUUACACGCCGUACUACCACCUAUUACUAAAAACCUCGCCGUUCACAUAGUUCACCAUCUCCCUAACCGGCUCCAGCUCCGGCAGCCCUUUCCCAAACAAGAUGCCCUUCCUCAUCACGGUCCGGUAGUUCGCGCCGGGGUUGACCUUCCCCAAGACAUACAGCCUGCGGGUCUCGACACGGUCCGGCACGGGAAUGCUGCGUCCGACGAUGGCCUCCAUGCCC